GAAUCCCGUGUAUCUGUGGUGUCUCCAUUCAUGUAAGUGAACGAACAAGAAAAGGGGAGGGGAUCUAGUGAAAGAAUAUCUUUAUCUUGAGAAUUUCACAACAACGGAGGGUUGAUUUCAAUUUACCGUACACUAAAAAAGGGACGGGUAACUGGUGAGUCAGAGACGAUAUAAACAAGACCACAAAAAAAAAAAAAACUGCGUUUAUAUACUGGUGGAGAUCCAUCAUCAUAUGGAGUAUGCAUGCGCGAUGCACCAUAAAAAUACACGCCGUUUCCAAAUGUUAACUUGUCGAUUUGGAAGGUUGGAAAUCAUGUGCUGGUGUUUUUGCUUGCUGGCUUUUAAAAUUGUGUUUGUAGUGUCUUAAUUAAACAGCCGCAGGCAUUCGCUGUAUGGCAGAAUACUAUGUAGUAUUAACUAGUAGUACUGUACUUGUUUGGUACUGGAUGGGUUUAUUAUAUGGCUUUCUAUUUGGAACACAGACACGGAAUACAAGUUUGCUUACUAUGGGAUGGAAGAAGUGCAACGUAUUCAUUUGAUGGCUAGAAUGCGUUUUCAAAUUAGAUAACGUAGAUGCACGGGUACUGUAGAUUCUUAACACAGGGAAAUAAAUGGUGGACGAAACUAUCAGCGAGUCCCUCCCGGACCUUAAAGAUGUGGAAAGUAAAAUCGGAAGAAAAACGCCGGAAGGGUUGCUGAGAUGGCUGCGGGAGGACUCUGCUCUCCUUCUGGGUGACAACACCCUGAACCCCGGGGAGAGCAAAGAGCGCGAGCCGCUCCCGGGGAAGAAAGGUCUGGCUGAAAAAAUACGAGAUUUAAAACUCGAAAUGGCCUACCUGCGCUCCAUUGAUGUGAAGAUCCUUCAGCAGCUGGUCACGGUGAAUGAGGGGAUCGAGGCGGUCAAGUGGAUUCUGGAGGAGAAGGGGAACCUGGCCAGUCGCUGUAGCAGCCUGACCAGCAGCCAGUACAGCCUGGUGGAGAGCCAGGAGACCUCCAGGAGAGGCAGCUGGAACAGUCUGGUGGAGAGCCAGGAGACCUCCAGCCUGCAGGACCCCAAUGACAAACUGGACAACAUCUCCAUCGGCAGCUACCUGGACACCUUGGCAGAUGACAUGGAUGAGUACUGCCCAUCCAGUUCAGAGUCCGCAAUCUGCUCCACUGUGAAUGGCCAUAGUGGCCCCUGUGGCAGGUCUGAUCAUGAGCAGCAGUUGGGUGGUGGAGGAGGCAAAGCCUGCGGACAGGGCUCUCCUUUACACAGAACAGACCUGUUUAGGGAGAACCAGGGCUGGAGUAAGCCAGCCCAGGACCCUUCCAAAGUGGAGUCCAACAGACUUGACAGGGAGCUGCUUCCUUCAAAGUCACGCAACGUAGGGAAUGGCUAUCUGGACAAACCGGGUGCUGACCUUGACCACAUCCUGGAGACAAGGCCUCCUUUAGCAGACAAGCCAUACAAAGGCAGCCCCAAGCUGAACCAUUAUAAAAAUGGUAAAAUAGAUUUGGACAGCUGUAAACUGAACACUAAGAUCCACCUGGAGUACGAUGCACACUGGCGCUGGGUGCAGUCUCAGGACGAUGUGACGUUCUUGUAAGAGAGGGAGAAACCCGACAGGCAUCAGGGGUGAAGUGCCACUCCCCACCCCCAGGGCACCGAAAUUUAACCUAGCCACAAGCCAUGAGCUCUUCACAAGCAGAACUGGCACAAUGCUAGGUUUCAGGUGCUCAGUAUGAUUCUAGAAUGUUGCAAAACUUUACGCUACUAGAAGCUUAACAAAAGCCUAACUAUGUAAACUUGUUGAGGACAUCAGAUCGGAAGUAAUUUGAGUUGAUUUGAGACACAAUUUACAGGGGGGAAAAAUUAGUGCUUUGUUUUUGUCUUGUUGUCCAUGCAGCAGUAAAUAUUAAUAUAUCACUCCACCCCCUCACCCUUUUUCUUUCUAAAAACGCAAUGUGCUUGCAGCCCAGUUUGAUGCUUUCCAUUACCGUGCCUGCAGUUUGUACAUAAUUUAAAUAUUUGAUGUCUCCAGAUUCCCUCUCCUGUGGAAUCUAGAUACAGAAACUCCAUGUGUACACACUAGAGCUUCAGCCAACAGCAGUGCAACACAGAAGAGGGCUGACACGUAAAGACCCUGUACAUUCAUGCAUUGAUACAGCAUCUUAUUGGCCUGGAUACAGAUUUAAAUUUCCUGCAAGUUUGUACAUGAGAAACCCUUUUUAAUUGAUAGACCUGCCAUUUGUUUUUACAUUUGGAAUAUAUACUACAGCAGACGGCAGCCAUAUCAUUGUAGAGAUGCAGGCUAAUGCAGGUGGAGCACAACUAUAGGAGCAGGACAAAUAAAACCGCAUUGCUCUGUGAUCACGAUGUUGUAGAGUUCAUACUGUUGGAUUGCACCUUCUUACCGUGGACAAUAUCUCAAUAAACCGACCUAAAAACUGACAGCAUUCAACACGAUUAACAUUCCUAUUAAUAGCUCAUCUGGGGAUUUGUGUUGCUGGUACAGGCAAGAGAAUGACUGCACUGGCAAACAAUAAAACAGAAUCUGGAACAUCAAGCAAAACUGUUUAACAACAACCACCAAUUUGCAAAACAAUGUAGCUGAACUCGCUUUGAGGAAAUGCCGGUGCCAAAACACAGCUUUAAGAAAAGGCAUGUCUGUGAGACUGCCUUCAUUAGCACUAUCCACCAAAGUAGCAAUGGAUGUGAAAAUAACCUAGCUAGCAUAGGAGCUGACCCACGAUUGACAGAAAACAGCUCUUCCAUAAUCAGCUUUCUUCAGAGGGAAAACAUCAUCUUCAUGUCCUCCUGUAGUUUUUAAGUGGGGAAAGGGUUCAACUAAACCUCCAGUUCCUACAUGCUGUUGGAUUAGGGGGUGGGGGUGGGGGUUGAUGGUUAAAACUAGUGUGACCUUCAGGCUUACUUCUGAUUACAUCACCUCAACUUGAGGAACAGAAUGGGCUGCUGAGCAGCAUACUAAUGGGCAAUUCCACAACACAUGAGAGACCAUCAUGUUUCUCUCUCCAUACCCUUGCAUAGAAACCUCGGAAGCUUAAUAGUCCACAUAGUUUGUGUCUAGACCAGGGUUGCCGUCAAGCUUUUGAGAAGAAAAAAAAACUGAAAGGAAAAUUAACUGAAACUUUCUAUAUGUGUGUGUGUCUGUCUGUGUGUGUAUCCUCACCAACUCUCUUAGAUGUGGUUCCUCAAUUAAUAUGGAAAUGAUAUUCUGAAUUUGCCAAAGCUGAAUGUGCUUUUGAUUUGGGAGAAAGAAAAGCCAUUGAAGCGAAGUCUUGAGCGGUGGCUGGGGGUUGCUGCUGCCAAAGGGCGAUUCUUCUGGUGUUUGAACUGGAUUGUGUUUAGUGUGUAAUGGUCUGCAGAUUGAAUAGAAGUAGUUUUUUGUAAGAUAAUGUAGAUCUGUGAAUUGUGAAACAUAUGCAUUAGGUAAACAUAUAUGCUUCUGGUAAAAAAAAAAAUAAUAAUAAUAAUAAAUAUGUACAUAAAGUCCGUAGCCUGCACAUGAAAACAAUAAAACCUGUUAAAACAAA